AUGCAACAUGAAGUCAUGUUGUGCGUGGCACACCAGGCUUGUUUCGAAUGUUGUAAUACUGAGUCAAUCCGUGAAAAAUGUGAUAACUGUGGAACACGUGAACAUGUAUUUAAAGGCAAUGAUGUUGUAAAAGAAUUUAUGGAAUAUUUGGGAAAAAUAGACGAAGAAUUCAAACAAAUUACAAUUAUAGCUCAUAACGCACAGCGUUAUGAUUCCCAUUUCAUUUUAAAAUUCAUGUACAAGAAUACCGCCACAUGGAACUUGUAUGAAAAAUCACUAAUUAUAAAUGGUCAUUAUCCUCACUUCUUCAAUACCCCAGAAAAUAAACAUUAUAUUGGUGCAUUGCCUGACAUCCAAUAUUAUGGCUUUAAUAAUAAGAGUUCAAAAGAGCGAAAUGCAUGCGUUAAAUGGUAUAAUGCUGAAAAGCAGUCAGGGAAAAUUUUCAAUAAUUGGAAACAACUUUUGGCUUAUUGUAAAGAAGACGUCAACAUAUUAAGACUAGCCUGCUUGAAAUAUCGCGACAUUAUGCUUAAAACAACUGACAUUGAACCAUUUAAGCAAGUUACAUUAGCAGGAACCUGUAUAACUGUAUUUCGAACUCUUUUUCUAAAGCCAAAUCUAAUAUCAGUAAUUCCACGGAAUGGGUAUAGGUUUGCCGACAACCAAUCAUUCAAAGCACUCAAAUGGCUUGAGUGGGAAAGUCAUUUACGACAAAUAAAAAUUCACACAGCUGCAAAUGGUCGUGAAAUUAGACUUUCAGGGUGUUAUUGGCAUCAGUGUGUUGAGUGCUACCCGAAUCAAUAUUUCAAUAAUCCGAAUGACCGAUCUGCAAAGACACGAUCACUUUACGAAACAUAUUUAGCUAGAGCAAACAAAAUUCGAUCAAUGGGGUAUGAUCUUAUUGAAAUGUGGGAGCAUCAAUUCGAUAAAAUGCAAAAUGAGAACCCGGCCAUUGAAUUAUAUAUUAAAUCAGUCGAUCACCUCAGAGUACCACCAUUGGAUCCAAGAGAUGCCUUCAUGGGCGGUCGAACUGGCGUAUGCAAACUCUAUCAUAAAAUUGGUCCUAACGAGAGAAUCUUAUAUUACGACGUAACUUCAUUAUAUCCGUACAUAAAUAAAUACGGUAAAUACCCCGUUGGUACACCAAAAGUCUUGGUUGGCCGUGAUCUUUUGAAUCGUACUGUGUUUGAUAUUGAAGGCUUGAUUAAAUUAGAUAUUUUACCACCCAGACGGCUUUAUCAUCCAGUUUUGGGGAAAUAG